UCUGGUGUCUCGCAGUGAGUGAGCAGCGCCUGAGCUGACCGGGAGACUGAGCGGAGCACACCGGCUCCCGGAGAACAGCAGGGAUCCAGCGGGCAUCUCUCAAGUCCUGUGAAGCACAAAAAGAGGAAUAAAUACCCCUCUCGCGCGAGGGGCUGCGAAAAGAAUGGCCAUGUCUCGCGCCUCCAGGACGUGCGUGUGGCUCGCGCUCUUCUCGACGCAGGUGCUGUGGGUGACGUGCAAGAAAGCUUUACCACAGACUCAAUUCGGCUGUAAGGAGGGACACGUGACUCACGAGCCCAAUACCAUUUGGAAACCCGAGCCAUGCCGGCUCUGUGUGUGUGACAACGGCAACAUCGUGUGUGAGGAGAUCCGCUGCGAGCCCCUCAAAGGGUGCGAGCAUUUCUCUGUCCCGGACGGAGAGUGCUGCCCUGUGUGUGAUAGAUUCGCCAGUGCUCAUGGACGGAUCGAGGUAAUGGCAUUCAAGGGUGAAAAAGGAGAACCAGGAGAUAUUCCUCAUAUUGUGGGACUGCCUGGUCAACCAGGACCGAUGGGAGCCCCUGGGCCAGCAGGACGUCCCGGAUAUCGUGGCUUUAAAGGAAGAAAAGGCGUUGCAGGUCCACCUGGGUUUGAUGGGAUACCAGGCGUGCCAGGUAUACCCGGAAAGCCUGGUCCUCAAGGACAGACUGCAUUACCAGGGAGUGAGUUUGCAUCUCAAAUGGCUUCAGGCUUCCAUGAUGCGAAAAUGGGAAUGUCAAGACUUGUCUCUGGGUCACCUGGCGAAGCAGGACCAAGGGGACACCCAGGACCAUCAGGUCCACCUGGUCCUAUGGGAGCACAGGGCACCCCUGGAGAUGCAGGUGAUCCUGGACCUAUGGGUUCUCACGGCCCAAGGGGUCCUGAUGGUCCUCCUGGGAAACCUGGACAAGAUGGUGAACCAGGAGAACCAGGAAAGAAAGGAGAAGAUGGAUUCCCAGGAUCAUCUGGUGUUCGAGGAUUCCCAGGUUUACCAGGUCAACCAGGAAUGAAAGGUCACAGGGGAUAUGCAGGUCAGGCGGGAGCAAAGGGGGAGCGCGGUGUUGUUGGCUCAAAGGGUGCCUCGGGGAGUCCAGGUUCGAUGGGGCUUGUCGGUCCACAGGGUCCACCUGGAUUGCCUGGAGAGAGAGGUCGGAUCGGGCCCAGCGGACCUGCGGGAAAACGUGGAAUGGCAGGAAAUCCUGGAAAACCAGGUCCAUUGGGUGUCAUAGGAAUCCCAGGAGCUCCAGGGUUUCCAGGAGGUCCAGGCAUGAAGGGUGAAGCGGGUCCCACAGGCCCUCGAGGGACCAGUGGAGCUCAGGGACCCAGAGGGGACUCAGGAAGAUUAGGCUUUCCUGGACUUCAGGGCAAACAGGGUCCAGCAGGUAUGGAUGGUGCUCCUGGAUCUAAAGGACCAUCAGGGGCACCUGGUGUGCAAGGACCGGUUGGAUUGAUUGGUCAGCCAGGACCACCUGGACCACAGGGAAAGACAGGACCUGCUGGGGCCAAAGGUCAAGUGGGAGAAGCUGGCAUCCCUGGAUUCAAAGGAGAACCUGGAAUUAAAGGAGAAGCAGGGCAACUGGGAGUUCAAGGAGAGAUCGGUCCGAUGGGAGAGGAUGGAAAACGGGGUCCCAGAGGAGAUCCCGGUUCUGUGGGGCCACCUGGUCCUCCUGGAGAGAUGGGAGCUCCAGGUCUCCGUGGCUUUCCAGGUGCUGAUGGGCUACCUGGACAAAAGGGUGCUCAAGGUGAACGUGGUCCACCAGGCGCUUCCGCGGGUAAAGGUGCUGCUGGUGAUCCUGGCCGUCCUGGAGAACCAGGCCUUCCGGGUGCAAGGGGUCUGAGUGGUAUUGCUGGACCUGAUGGACCAGAAGGAAAAAUUGGACCUCAGGGAGCACCAGGAGAUGAUGGUGGUCCUGGACCUGCUGGAUCAAACGGCGGCAGAGGGCCACCAGGAUCUAUGGGUCUGCCAGGCCCGAAAGGCUUCAGUGGCGAUGCAGGAAAAGCAGGAGAAGCCGGAACACCAGGAGCACCAGGACAACGAGGUCGCAAUGGAAAAGAUGGCGAGGAAGGAGCUGCAGGCCCUGCCGGACCACCUGGUACAGCAGGGAAAAGAGGCGAGCAGGGUCCUCCUGGUCCCAUAGGCUUCCAGGGUUUACCUGGAAGCUCAGGCCCACCUGGAGAGCCAGGAAAACCAGGUGAUGAGGGAGUCACUGGUGAAGAAGGUGCUGCUGGUCAGACUGGACCAAGAGGUGAGCGUGGAAGCCCAGGAGAGAGAGGACCGCUUGGCCCUAACGGCCUUCCUGGGGCUAAAGGCAGUCCCGGAGCACCAGGACAUGAUGGACCUAAGGGUAGUUCAGGACCUGCAGGUAAAGGAGGAGAACCGGGCCCACCUGGACUUCAGGGAAUGCCGGGAGAGAGAGGGACACCAGGCAUUGGUGGACCUAAAGGAGAACGUGGUGGGAUUGGUGAGACUGGAGCUGAGGGAGCUGCUGGCAAUGAUGGUCCUCGGGGCCUUCCUGGACCCACUGGACCUACUGGACCAGUUGGAGCACCCGGAGAAAAGGGAGAGACUGGACCCAGAGGACCUUCUGGACCACCGGGUUCUAGAGCAGGGCCUGGGUCUCCUGGUCAGCCUGGUCCUCCUGGCCCACCUGGAUUUGCUGGUCCUCCUGGGCCUGAUGGUCAACCUGGGGCGAAAGGAGAAUCAGGAGAACCAGGUGCAAAGGGUGAGGCAGGGGCUUCUGGUCCUCAGGGAAUGGCAGGAAAACCCGGACCUCAGGGAGUUUCUGGUGUAACUGGACUAAAAGGUGCCAGAGGGAGUCAGGGAGCAGCUGGUUCCAGCGGUUUCCCCGGACCUGCUGGAGGUGUAGGAACACCAGGCUCUGCUGGUGCAACUGGAGAGACUGGUCCACAAGGACCUCCAGGAAAAAAAGGUGAACCUGGAAUUCAUGGAGAACCAGGAGGCCCAGGACGUCAAGGAGAGCGUGGAAACACCGGACCUGCUGGAAGCCCUGGAGAUAAAGGCGAUUCUGGAGAAGAUGGACCACCGGGUCCUGAUGGACCUCCAGGUCCUGCAGGAUUGUCGGGUCAGAGAGGGCUGGUGGGUCUACCUGGCAUGAGAGGAGAACGUGGACUGAUGGGCCUUCCUGGACCUGCUGGUGCACCUGGAAAACCUGGCACCAAAGGCCCUCAGGGAGUUAAAGGUGGUGUAGGUCCUGUUGGAUUACCAGGACCUCUUGGAGAUAGAGGAGAGGCUGGCCCACAGGGUCUUCCUGGAACAGAUGGAGGUCCUGGAACUGAUGGUACUCGUGGAAUCAAAGGAGAUAAGGGAGAUGCUGGUCCUGAGGGUCUAACUGGACCCCAGGGAACCCCAGGAACACCUGGACCAGUAGGAGCUCCUGGAGGUCCUGGAUUGAGAGGUGAAAAGGGUGCUAGAGGUCCAGCCGGUCCAGGCGGCCAGCCAGGAGCCAGAGGAAAACAGGGACCUCAAGGGCCACAAGGAGAAAAAGGAGAGAAAGGGCUUGCUGGUGAGAGGGGUCAGAAAGGUCACCGUGGCUUCAAUGGACUUCAGGGCCUCCCAGGAACAGCAGGAGCAACUGGAGACGCCGGUGAGAGAGGGAUUGUCGGACCAAGUGGCCAUAGAGGACCCCCUGGGCCUGUAGGACCUGCUGGUAAAGAAGGUGAAGCAGGUGCUCCUGGACCCAUUGGAUCUCCUGGAUCUCGGGGCAGCGGUGGAGAUAUCGGACCAGAGGGCCCUAAAGGAGAACCUGGCCCUCCAGGACCUCCCGGUCCUCCUGGACCUCCCAUCACAGUGGAUGAUGACUUUGAUAAAAACACAGACUAUGACGGUGGCUUUGAUGCUCCAGCUCCUUCCCUUCCAGAAUACAACAAGGACGAGGCAAUGCCUGUUAACAGCUCUCGUGUCGUUCACAUGGACAGCAGCAUCCACGCCUCACUGAAGGCUCUGGGUAGUCAGCUGGACAACAUGAAAAGCACAGAUGGGAGUCGCCAUCACCCGGCACGCACCUGCCAGGACAUCAAGCAGUGCUACCCGAUGAAGAAGAGCGGUGAGUACUGGGUGGACCCUAACGAGGGAAGUCUGAAGGACGCAAUCAAGGUGUACUGUAACAUGGAGACGGGGGAGACAUGCGUGUCUGCAAACCCCUCCAGCAUCCCACGCAAGAGCUGGUGGAGUUCUGUCUCCAGCACGCUGAAGCCUGUGUGGUUUGGAGCCACCAUGAGCAGAGGAACAAAGUUUACAUACGGAGAUAAAGAGGAUUCGCCCAACACGGUGGCCGUGCAGCUGCGCCUCCUGGGCCUGCUCUCGAAAGAGGCGUCACAGACAAUCACUUACCACUGCAGGAACAGCGUCGCUUACCGGGACGACAAGAACAACAACCUGAAGAAAGCUGUCGUGUUAAAGGCCGCCGACAGGACAGACAUCAAAGCGUACGGCCACAACCGGCUCAAAUACACCGUCAUCGAGGACGGCUGCUCGACAUCCAGCAGCGAGUGGAGUAAGACCGUAUUCGAGUAUCGCUCACAGAAGCCCACGAAGCUCCCGAUCAUAGACAUGGCGCCGGUGGACGUGGGCGGAGCCGAGCAGGAGUUCGGCAUCGAUGUCGGCCCAGUCUGCUUCUCCUGAGAACGAUAAUUUCUCUUAAACGUCAACACUCAUCGUCACGACUUCAGCUCUGCGCCGAUGCAGUAUUUAUUAUUUCUUAAGACAGUUCAGAAGUGAUGAGCAUGAAUGAGCCACAGGAGCGAUUACAUCCCCAUCUACCGCUUUUGAUCUUUUUAAUGAGGAAUUCCACUAGCUCGGGGUGUAUAAAUAUAUGACAGACUGUGUGGACUUUUUAAUUUAUAACCCACGUGCCCUGUGCACUGCUGUUUUAUGUCAUAUCAGUUAAAUAAGCAUUACUUUAAUGGAAAAGUACACACACAUUCUGUUUAGUUUUUUUUUUUAUUAUUAUUAUUAUUUUGAUUAUUAUUAUUUUAUAUGGACCAGUUUCCAAUUUUUGGUUGGUGCUUUUAUAAACUAAUUUAAUGAUAAAACAGUUUUAUACACUUCUACAAAGGUGCCAUGAGUAAAUAGUUCAUUCAAUGUUAAAUUGAAACGUGAACGUGUAAAUUUCGACGUCUGUGUACAUUUGAUACGCGCUACCUCUCGAGAGAUGGUGUUUCUGCCCAUACCGGACAGUUUUUUUUCCUGAUUAAUUACUCCAUCCUUAAGAUAAAGAUUAAUUAAUGACCCUACAGUGUUUCAUUAAAGAAUGAUAAGGAUGAUUGUAUUCAUUGUUUUCUGAUGUAAUCGUUUACAUAAAUGCAUGUCUUUCCUUGCUGAAA